AUGGCUGCCGAAUGGUCACGCUUUUGUUUCGUGUCAUUCCGAGGCAUUGUGAACGCCACAGGUGUGACAGGGGUGUGGCCGCGCCCCUGCCGGCGACGCCUCCACGCAAGCGAGGCCUUUAAAAGGCCGCUCGCAAAGACGCAGGCACUCGGCUUCAGAAUGCGGACGAAAACGGUGCUCGCCUUUGGGAUCGUGGGUCAGGGUCAAAGGUCACGCUACGGGCCACGAGUUGUGAUGUUUAUCUGCAUUUUGGCAGCGUGUUUGGUCACGGGUGACGUUUCUGACACGUCGACGGACACCGCGAUGACCGACCGGCCGUCCAAUACCACCGGCGGCACCACAAAUGGCAGCAUCGUCGUUGACGUGACGACCGCCAACGUGACAACCGUCGACGUGACGACCGUUAACAUGACGACUGUCAAUGUGACGACCGCCAACGUGACGACUGAUGUCACGACACCUGUUAUAACGACAAGGGGCAAGACGACGUCCGCCAACGGCACCACACCGGGCGCAACCAGCAAGGCCACACCCCCAGUGGUCGGCGGCGGUGGCGUUCCCGGAUGGGGAAUCGCUCUUCUGGUUCUGGCUGCCAUUCUCCUGGCGCUCCUCCUCCUCAUGAUGGUCGCUAUGAUGUUGUGGUGCUGCUGCAACAGGGGGCGCUCCAACCACCCCGACGACAUCCCGCUCUACACCACGCACUCCCGAUUGUGGAACAGCAAUUCGGCUCCCGCCUACGAGGACGUGGACAAAGAUGUGAAGACGCCCAAGUGAGGAGACGUCAUGCGGCAAAUAUGUUUUUUUUUUGUUCCUUUUCCUGGCUGAUUUGCAUAGAUUGAUGAUGAACUGCGAUGACGACACCAAGACAAACUUGAGGAGAGGAAGGUGCGGCCGGCUUGCCGAGGCGGAAUGUGCUUCUUUUGUGCACGCCUCCCAAGUCCAAGUGGUCCCGAGCCCAGCCCGCAAACUUUCCUCUUUGUCAAGCUGCCAAUCAAUCAAUGAAUCAAUCCACAAAUAGCUGCCUUUGUCCCAAUGGUGACAUUCCAUCCUAUGGACGUAUAUGAUUGUUUUCCCGCAAAUUUCUCUUUUAGAUUAAAAACAAAGAGAAUCUUUUGAUUUGACGAAGGACUACACAAAUCAGAAAAGAUUGUGUCUUUUUAUUUAUUUUAAUAAAUCAAUAAAUGAA